CUUUCUUGGGGAUCUUAAAUGCAGCACCCUUUCCGGAUGUGACGGUAUGACGUAAGUGACGUCAGAUUCAAGAUGGCAGCGCUUGCGUCCUUGAUGCUCAAGUCCAGAACCGGAGUUCUGGUUCCGGCUCAGACCGCUCUCCUGGACCUGCUGAGGUUUGCCUCUAAGAAGGCUGGUGGCAGCAGUAAGAACGUCGGUGGAAAAAGCCCUGGGCAGAGAUAUGGAUUCAAGAAACAAGAUGGUAAUUUUGUCCAUGCGGGUAACAUCCUUGCGACACAGAGGCUGUUGAGGUAUCACCCAGGAGCACAUGUGGGGAUGGGAACCAACAACACGCUGUUUGCUCUGGAGAAUGGCUACAUCAAGUUCACUAAGGAGGUGUUUGUCCCUCCCCCACGCAGCGCAGAGGCCACCCAGGUCAUCACCAAGCUGCCCAAAGGAGCCGUGCUCUACAAGACCUUCAUCAGCGUCCUGCCGGUCCCACAGGAGGGCAAGUUUAGACUGGUGGACAUGGUCUGAGGGGACUGGACUGGGACGCCAUUGGUGCCCAGCUGUUCUUGAAGUUGUUAGGAUGAAGAAGGAUUUGUUUGAGUGACACUUUGAUUGAUUUAUCGAGAGCAAAGUGACUAUUGGCCUCUCCUUAGCUUCCUCAAUCCAGUCCCAUCAUUCGGUGGCGCUUCAACAGAAGUUUAACUCGGUCGCACAUGGAUGUUUAUUUUAUUUACACAACACAGAAGUGAAGAUAAUGUAUUCCAAUUAUUGUGAUGCCAGCAGGGACAUAUCAGCAGUAAAUAUUAAAAUCAUCCCAAUAUAGUCCAGGACAUUUGUGUAUAACCAUAAGUUGGGGAUAAUCAUAAUCAUCAUAUUGUUAACUGGGAUUCUGCAUAGUCACCCAGUACUCACCACUUUAAGGAACUAUGGUUCUGUUACCAUGAUAAUGAAUAUGUGUUGUAUUAAAGUUUUAUGUGCGAAAAUC